CAAUCGGAGACGUCAAGAAAUGGCAACUUUCUCUACCGGAAAUCAGCUCUGCACCUACGGUUGCCGAGCCUACAAAGUGGCUGCUGCUACUCCUAAUUCCUCCUCUUUCCACAGCCUGCUGCAACAGAGGCAGCAAAGACCCCACUCUCUGCUGCGCUCCGCUUAUUUCCCACAGAGAGUAAGCGUUCAGAGAAGGCGCGGCACCGCCAUUAUUGCCAGAGCAGAAGACAAACCAAACGAUUCUUCUUCUUCAUCUUCAUCUCUUUCGCCUCCCAUUGCCGGUGAAAAGGAACAAGGAUUAUAUGAGGAACUGAAACCGCAAUCAGGAACAUGUGAUCCCUUGUGUUCUGUUGAUGAAAUGAGCUCUCAAGAUUUUGAAGCUAACUACCAGCCAAAGGCUGACUUGCUGAAAGCUCUUGCAAUUCUUGCGUCGGCUGUGGCAGGGGCUGUUGCUCUUAAUCAUUCUUGGGUAGCUAAUAAUCAGGAUGUUGCUAUGGCAUUGGUAUUCGCAUUAGGAUAUGCUGGCAUUAUUUUUGAGGAAUCUCUAGCAUUCAAUAAAAGUGGAGUUGGACUGUUGAUGGCAGUUUGCUUAUGGGUCAUAAGAAGCAUUGGGGCCCCUUCAACUGAUAUUGCUGUGACUGAACUAAGCCAUGCAUCUGCUGAAGUCAGUGAGAUAGUUUUUUUCGUGCUUGGUGCAAUGACAAUCGUAGAAAUAGUUGAUGCACACCAAGGUUUUAAACUGGUUACUGACAACAUCACGACUCGGAAACCACGAACCCUCCUUUGGGUGAUUGGUUUAGUGACAUUUUUCCUUAGUUCAAUCCUGGACAACCUUACAUCAACAAUUGUUAUGGUCUCCUUAUUGCGGAAAUUGGUUCCUCCCUCAGAAUACAGGAAGUUUCUAGGAGCUGUUGUAGUGAUAGCAGCAAAUGCUGGUGGUGCGUGGACUCCUAUCGGUGAUGUCACCACAACUAUGUUGUGGAUACAUGGUCAGAUUUCCACGUUGCAAACAAUGAAGGGCUUGUUUAUUCCUUCUGCCCUUUCCUUGGUUGUCCCACUGGCUCUUAUGUCUCUUACCAGUGAAGUUAAUGGGAAUGGACCAGAAUCUUCCAAUGUUUUGACUUUAGAGCAAAUGGCUCCUCGAGGACAACUUGUUUUUGCUGUUGGUAUUGGGGCUUUAGUGUUUGUUCCUGUGUUUGAGGCCAUCACUGGUCUGCCUCCUUACAUGGGUAUUCUUCUUGGACUUGGAGUUCUUUGGAUCUUGACUGAUGCAAUUCACUAUGGAGAAUCUGGCAGGCAAAAAUUGAAAGUACCACAGGCUUUAUCUCGGAUUGAUACACAAGGAGCACUUUUCUUCCUUGGGAUCCUUUUAUCUGUGAGUAGCCUUGAGGCUGCUGGUGUUUUGAGAGAAUUGGCGAAUUACCUUGAUGCCCACAUCCCAAAUAGUGAGUUGAUUGCAAGUGCAAUAGGUGUUGUAUCAGCAAUUAUAGAUAAUGUGCCGCUCGUUGCAGCGACAAUGGGAAUGUAUGAUCUAACAUCGUUCCCACAAGAUUCUGAGUUUUGGCAGCUGAUUGCUUUUUGCGCGGGCACCGGAGGUUCUAUGCUUGUCAUUGGCUCUGCAGCUGGGGUUGCAUUUAUGGGAAUGGAAAAGGUGGAUUUCUUUUGGUACCUACGGAAGGUGAGCGGAUUUGCCUUUGCAGGUUAUACCACGGGUAUUGUUGCAUAUUUAGCAAUGCAAAAUCUCCACUUUUCGUUCCCCAACGCUUUCGCUCAGAUUCCUGCUCAGGUUCCUUUUCUUUCUAGCUAUUACUUACACAUGAUGUUUCAGGCCACCUCAUAAUCAGUAGGUAGUUCAAUCUUGUUUGUAUUGGACCAUAUCUGCCAAUACAUAUUGACACGUGUUAUGACAAAGGAAUAGUUGUUCUCAGUAUCAACAAAAAUAACAUAAGACUAUCAUACACCAUCAGAGAUUUGCCAAUAUGGUAGGCAUUUGGAGAUGCAUAUCAGGUAUUGUUCAUCAACCAGAUUUAUCAAAUGCUCAGACAGUGCAGUGCUUUUGGCCAGCGGCCAUUGCUUUGGAGUUUUCUUCCUAAAUUAUAUGAUUCACAGAGAUGAAAUGGAUGGAUUGGUGUGGUGUAUGAAAUUUUGUUGGAUCCCCAUAACUGUAAUAGCGGGGCACGACAAAGUAAUACAGGAAAGGAGCCAUGGAAGAUGAGACGCUAGCUGCUUUUAUUUGUUUAGCUUGAUGAAUGUGGUCUCUUGUGACUAUGAAAAUCAGCAUUCGUAAUUCAAUAAAAUUGAUGCGGUUUCUUCCUUA